AUGAUUGUAUCUGGUACAUUAGGGCAGCAAAUUGUACCGAAAGUUGAAUCAUGGCCACAAAUUGAUUCCAUUUAUGUUUUUUGUGGAAAUAAAUCUGUUCAUGAACAAUGGGCAAAGAAAAUACUGAAAAUUAAAGGCGUCCACACCAAAAUUGAACAUAUUUGUGAAGUACUCAAGAUCGAUCGAAAUCGAUGCGAUCAAGCCAUGAUUUCGGUCAGCUUUAAUGGUCUCGACCCGCUAUUUAUGUAUACACAAUUAUUAAAAGAAACAUUCUUAGAAAUUGAAGACGACGAUGCAAAAUCAAUUAAAGACCUCGUCGACUAUUGUCGUCUUCAUGAAGAUAUACCUAAAGACGAAAUAAAAAAAUUCCAGAGUGAAUAUCGUGAUCAUACACCAAUCUGGUGGUAUACAGCCGAAACUUUUAUUUAUCCCAUGCUGAAUCGCGGACUUCGAAUAAUGGACAUUGAUAUUAUACUAAAGAUGGGUUUUUUCAUUCGGCAUUUGCACAAUCAUAUUGCUGAAUUACAUCGAGAACAACAAAGUAACAAAUUGGCAAUGCCAUCGAAAUUUCAAGUUUUUCGCGGACAAGCUGUCGAAGCGAGAAUGAUACGAACUCAGACUGGUGAUCUUGCUGGCUUGACAUCGAACGGAGUCGACAUUUAUUUAAGCAUUCGUUAUGGACAAGUUGUUAGAUGUUGGUCACCAGCCUCAUUAUCACGCUUCUGGAUCGGUGUAGGUAAUGCUACAGUGUUUGGACCAGUUUGCCAUCCGUAUGGUCCUCAUGGUCAACCGGAAAUAGUUACAUUAACACCUAUUACAGAACGAUUUAUACUUGUUGGUAAAAUGUCAUCAUCAGCUUCAGCUAAUAUUGCUGUUAAUUUUUGUUAUUUCGAAUCAAAUACAUCGUCAAGAAUUGAAGAUUGA